UAAUCAUUAGCUUUAAUUCCGACACGUGAACUAUGCGUGGUGUUUCAGAGUGUGACUAAGUAUUCAUGAAAUUGAGGAAACAUUAAUGUAAAGCUUUGUUGAAAUAAGACAGUUAUCACUUGAAUUACGGAAGAUGGAGAUAAUUGAGUUUCACCCUCUUCUGACUGACUAUAUAACCAACACAGACUACGCUUCAGCAUCAGUGUCACUGGCUGAUGUACGAUGUCUGCGACAGACGUUGCUGCCGUGCUUGUAGUCGCAUGUUCCUUUGGUCUUCUGCUGGUGGGAGUUGUGGAUGCUGCAAGCUUCACGGUUGCCCCAAGCAACGGGAAUGCCACAAUGUCCUGGAACCUAUCUGGAACCGGCAUCGGGGAGUUUACAGUAUUUUUGUCUUCCUACCCGACCAAAAAUAUAUUUCAUGUGAAGAACAAUGCCACGAAGAUAGUCAGCGAUGACUACAAGAACAAGAUUCAACUAUUCGCAAAUAGGUCCUCAUCCGGAUCAGGAGUUUUUGGUUUUGAGCUGUUCAAUGUGAGCUCGUGGGAUGACGCUGGGGAAUAUGGUUGUUACCAAGGACCACCAGACUCAGGCGGUGCAGGAAUUCCUGAAUGUCGUCAGACCCUCAUUGUUGUAGAUCUGAUUCAGGACCCAUAUCUCGUGGUCCCGGGGUCUGUAACAGACAGCGCACGCACCCUUCUACAAUGCCUGACCUCCUUUCGAAGUCAUCCAAUAGGAUAUCGGCCCGAAAUUUCUGUGACCUGGAGUAAGAACGGUAAGACGCUUGAGGGUAACUCUGGCUACACCAUGACAGCUGACACUGGGAUGUGGGACAUGGAAGUGUAUCACAACAGCACCCUAGAUGUCAGAGAUGUUGGACUCGAGGACGACGGAGCAAGAUAUUCAUGCCAGGUUACCAUUGGAGGCGAGAUCCAGACAGACUGGAGUAAAGAGUAUCUCCUUGGAACUAAGUUUUCAGAAGACGGGUCCAAGAACUACACUGCUGCUGAGGAAGGCGAUGAGGCUAUCUUGUCGUUAUGGAACCUCAACAUCAGCGACACCCUCUCCCUGUGGUCUCCUAAGCAGGCGGUUCUCUUCACCUUGGAAUCGGCCAAAGUUAAGAUAUGGUCGAGCUACCGACCGAGAGUUAAGAUCGGUGCUGUCAUAGCUCCCAGUAAAGCUGUCCGAGCUAUACUGGAGAAUGUCACGGCGUCUGAUGCUGGCCAGUAUGUCUGUGGGAGAGGGGGCGAUCAACGAGAAGGUCAUGUUGCCCAAAUGUGGACUGCUCUUAGUUGUGCUGAGACAACCCGUGAAGCCUGUUGUUACAGUACCUGCACAGCCGGUCCCUGGACAGACUGUCACGGUUAACUGUUCCACCUUCUCAAGGAGUCUCCCGCUUACCCAUCCACUGUCUAUGUCCUUCUCGUGGUUUAAAGACGGCGCCUUGCUGGAGCAGGAAGAGAAGCAUAGGGUACUGGGCUCGACACUGACCAUCAGUGACGUCAACGCAGGAGAUAGUGGAAGCUAUAGCUGUCAAGCCAAGGAAGAAGAUGGACUGGUGUCUGAGUUCAGCGAGGCCGAGUGGAUGGGUAUUCGAGGUGGUUAUGCUGGUACGGCAUCGGCUGUCGUCGUUGCUGUUGCUGUAGUUGCGAUUGUCGUCACGGUCAUCGUCUUCAAACUGAGAAAAAGAC